AGUGUACAGCAGUUGACUUUUACAGUGCUCUCUAGCUCUUCACAUCUGAAAAGAUCUGUAAUAUUUGGAAUAUGCAAGCUCUUCAGGCUCUCUGCACCCUAAUCAGUGCAUCAUUGGUGUUAUCUGGGACUCAGAUAUGUAAAGAUCCAGAUAGCAAUGCCUAUUCUGUUAUAACAUGUGGCGCUCCGGGAAAGGAUGGUUUACCAGGAAUGGAUGGUAAAGAAGGACUAAAAGGAGAAAAAGGAGAACAAGGAUUGCCAGGGCAAUCUGGGCUACCAGGAGUUGACGGGCCAUCUGGACCGGAAGGAAAACAGGGUCCCUCAGGCCAGAUAGGUGAAAAGGGGGACAGUGGAGCCCCAGGAUUACCAGGGCAAUCUGGGCUACCGGGAGUUGAUGGGCAAUCUGGACAGGAAGGAAAACAGGGUCCCUCAGGCCAGAAAGGUGAAAAGGGGGACAGUGGAGCCCCAGCACUCGAAGCCCUUAAAAUGCAAAUGUCGGUGUUGACUGAACAAAUAAGUACAUUACAAUCACAGAUGAGAAAGCAGAAGAAAGCUUUUAUGUUUUUCAAGGGAGGAGCAACAAGUGGUGAAAAGUACUAUGUUUCAAAUGGUGAAAAAGCUAAUUAUCAUGAUGCAAUGACAGCAUGUGGCAAAGUAGGAGGUCAGCUGGCUUCACCAACAAAUGCAGAGGAAAACCAAGCUGUGCUAUCCAUAGCCUGGCAGUAUAGGGCUAAUCCAGUUUUGGGUAUAUCUGAUAUACAGACAAAAGGCACUUUUAGAUAUCCAAGUGGUGAAAUAAUUUCUUACUCAAACUGGAGUCCUAAGAAACCCAAUAAUAAAAAAGAAAAUGAGAAUUGUGUAGAAAUGGAUGACAAGGGAAGAUGGAAUUCUAAAAAUUGUAAAGAAAAGCAUCUUUUCAUUUGUGAAUUUUCAUCAAUUUGAAAUUCAAAAUCUGAACUCUACCAUGAAAUCAAUUUAGAAUAUA